AUGCAGAUGCUGGCAACGGUGCUACUCGUACUAGCACUCGCUGGAGUGGAGCUGCUGCAAGGGGCCUUUAUGAGUAGCGGUGUAAAUACACCACAGCGGUGUCUCGCCAGCGGACCUCAAACCUGGUACGAUGAUGUCAAGUGUGUCAAGUACACUUGCCUCAACGGUUUUGUGGGGACAUCGAGUUGUGGCAAGCACUCCUCGCAGCCACUCCCCAACAACUGCAAGUACGUGAAAGGAACGGGACGUUUUCCUGGAUGCUGCACCAAACUCAUGUGCCACGAAAACGGCCCCGGUAAGGUGUUCCAGAAGGGAGUCGGGCCGAUCGUGCCGUUCCGGGGUCGCCAAGCCAGCGAAGAAGCGUAG